AUGGCAUUCCAUCAUCCCUUUCAAGAGGCCCAGUUUGAUCUCUUCGAUUGGUACCCCAAGUACCGAUCCUGCCUCUCCUUCUUCCUCGAACGCGGCCAGCACACAAACGCGGUCCAGGCCGUCGCCGCCAUCAUCAACAUCCGCCUCCCCUUCCAGCAGCAGCAGAACCAAGGCUCCUCCUCCUCCUCCUCCCGGCAUCCCGCAGCAGCAACCUCAGGCUUCACUGCAACCUCGGGCCCGCCCCUCGCCGCCGCCAGCACCGACGUCUCCGUGUCCCUGGUCCCGUACGUCCGCCGCCUCGUCGCCACGGGGUUCGACACCAUCGCCAUCCUCCACGGCUUCUUCGGCGACGGCUGGGACGCCGGCGUCGGCCCCAUCCACGACAACGAGCGGAGGAACUACCUCUUCGCGGCCAAGAGCGAGACCUGGCUGCGGGUCAAGGCCAGCUACGACCUCGAGGACGGCCAGACGGUGCCCUUUUUGCGCCCGCUGCAGGCCGUCACCGAGAAGGAGAUCCAGACGGCCGAGGCGAGCUGGAGCGAGUGGCUGGCCAUGCAGGACUGGAUGCUGGGGCCUCGGGCCCCGUCUGACGGCCAUUCUCAUCAGAUGCAGCAGGGCCAUUGA